AUGGAUAGUCUUGAUGAAUUGUUGGUAAAGGGACUGCCAAGCUUGAACCUCCAGGGUGAUAGAGUGCCAUACGGCGGACAUCAAGAGUGGAUGUCAUGUGUUGUGUUUGUCGGUAUGAGGAAUGAGUUGGCCUCCCUGAGGAAGGUCGAGGUUGGUAAAGACCAUGAUGUUGAUGUUGAUUUUGAUGGUGAUUGA